CCAUUGUCUCGUUCCAGUCCCCGGUACAAAGCCGGUCGCCUACGCCAUCCUUAUCUCUUACCCUUCACGCGACCCAAACCCAGAAUAAAUCCCUCUCAGAGUGCGGACAGGGCAGAAGAAGAGAAACCGAUCUAGGGUUAGGGUUCAGAGCGAGCUAGAGGGGGAGAGAGAUGCCGAAGAACAAGGGGAAGGGAGGGAAGAACCGGAAGAGGGGAAAGAACGAGGCGGACGACGAGAAGCGGGAGCUCGUAUUCAAGGAGGACGGCCAGGAGUACGCCCAGGUGCUCCGGAUGCUCGGCAACGGGCGUUGCGAGGCCAUGUGCAUCGACGGCACCAAGCGCCUCUGCCACAUCCGCGGCAAGAUGCACAAGAAGGUGUGGAUCGCCGCCGGCGACAUCGUCCUCGUCGGCCUCCGCGACUACCAGGACGACAAGGCCGACGUCAUCCUCAAGUACAUGCCCGACGAGGCCAGGCUGUUGAAGGCCUAUGGCGAGCUCCCCGAUAGCACUCGCCUCAACGAGGGCAUCGGCGGAGGCCUCGACGAGGAGGAUGAGGGCGCUGGCGACGACUACAUCGAGUUCGAGGAUGAGGACAUCGACAAGAUCUAAGAUGGUGGUGUCGGAUCGAUCGAUCAGGGUUUGGAACAAUACGAUCAGCUUUGUCCAUCAUUAUGAUGAAUUUCUUGUUUGAAGUCUACUUCUUUGUUAUUUUUUUUCUUUCUUUAUUACCAAUUGAGCACAAGCUGAAAUCAUCUCAUAACAUAAUGGAUUUCUAGCUUUAUUAGUAUGGAUGAUGAUGGGCUUCUGAAUUUGCAUGGUUUAAAUGUUCGGAUUUUAUUGUUAUGAUGAUGUUGAUCUGUGACAUUUGAGAUUGUGGGAUUAUUCCUCAUAUUGGCAAUCCGACUUUAGUGUAUUGAAUAAUAGUUAUCAAAUAAAGUUUCCUUUUCUCA